AAUGUUCGGCUUUGAAGGAGAUUUCGUUAGAAAACCUGAACAAUCUUUAGGAGGAGCUAGUUUAAAGCUGGAUAGAGAUAGUUUAUUACGAAAAACACAGGAAGAAAGGCAGAAAAGAGAGCAAUUAAGAAAGAAAAAUCUCGCUGCGACGAUCAUUCAGGCAAGUUACCGCUCAUGGUGCGUAAGGAGUCGACUCAAAAAUGAAAUGCGCACUGAAUUUGAUAAGGAUAUUAAUCUGUUGAUCACAACAAAGAAUGAUCCUGAAAUUCAACACCCAUUGAACCUGUUGCGAAGGCUUGUAUUUUUUUAUGAUAAGAACAAAGAUCGAGACCGCCUAAAUUCAAGAACUGGUCUAUGCCAAUAUCUGCAACAGCACAGAGGUGAAGUUGCAAAACUAAUGCAAAAUGAUGACAAAAUUUGUUUUGUUAUGAAAAAAUGUUUAGUUUUGUGUGUGAGAUGCGUAUCUGAGAUUUCUGGCACAACUGAACCAAUAUCGAUACCAAUGAGAAUGCUUGAAAUUUUUUGCGAUUAUCGUUUAUAUCAAAGUUCCAAUGACAAAAUCACAAAAAUAGAAUAUUUUUAUGAAAUUAUGGAAUAUUUAAUAAACAAAGAAUAUUUUCAAUCUGUUCUUAAAAUCGCGGUAAAUAAAAUACCGGAUUUUAUCGAGAAAACAAAAAAACCUCCUACAGAAAUAGCGUCUGCUAUUCUAGAUAUGAUAAAAAAAGGUUUAGCACUCUUGAAUUCAGAGAAAGUUCAAAUAAGGAGUUCUGUUUGUCGAAACUUUUCAUUAACCUUCUUAAACUGUGACUCCUCUCCUCAAGUUGAAAAUUUCAUUCUACUAGCUUUAGCAACUGAUCAAAACAUGAACUAUUCAUCUUUCAUUUACUCAUUUAAUGACUUGUUAUAUGAUAAUCAUCAUUUAUUUAACUUUACAUCAUCUUCUAUCCUUCAUAAUUUUUUGACGUUAACAUCAGCAACAUUAGGUCAACUCUCUCUGGAAGAGAAGCGAAGUUAUGUAAAGAUUUUACAUUAUCUGGUAAAAUCAAUGCUUAAUAUAGAUUAUACUACAACGCAAAUGACUGGUUUUAAUGACGAUUCAGAUUCUGAUACUGAUAUGGAAACAGAAGAAUCAGCAAAAACAAGUGAAUGCGCUAGUAUUUUGAACAGUGAUGAGAAUGUUCAAGUAAUAUGCACUGUUUCUCAUUCAAACGAUGAUGAAGUUAUACUUGCCAUUUCUUGUAUUUGUGAUGCUCUACUAAACUCAAAUAGAAGGCCAGACUCUGUUCAUAAAUCAAAGCUAUUAUAUACGUUAGCUUUCAACGUUGGUUUUUUGAGAAAGCUAUGGAACGUAUGUCAGACAUUUUCGAUAAAAGGAGCUUUCGGGACAAAUAAUUCUCUUAUUAAAUUGUUAAGCACAGCUAGUAAUAAUCUUACAGAUGAACAUAUUGGAAAAAUAGUACCUCUCUUUAGUCUCUUCUGUUCAUUAUUCUCUCAUUACUUGAUCUCUUUACAUGAUUCAGAAUUUUUCAAAGGAGAUGAGAAAAUAAUGCCAUUUUCAACUCAAGAACUAGUAUCAAUGGUGGCCUCCUUACGUGAUGUUAGUAUUGGAGUUGUUGAUCUGGCGUAUCCAGAUGUUAAACCGAGAAUAAUUACUGGAAAACAAAAGAAAACUUUGUGUAACCAAGAAAAUUAUAUAACAGAACAAGAACUGGAGAGGCGAAAAUUCUUCUGGUCCAGGCUAUUUCAUUCAGUGUCCGCUCUCUCGCAGCACUUGCACGCAAGAGACUCUAGGAAGCGUUUUUGCCCUGAGGAUCACUGGCUGGCACCGCACAGAGCUAGAGUCACAGCCGAUUAUAUUCAACAAUCCGUUUAUGAUGACCAUGAACAUGUGUUUGCAGCUCGACCAUUUGGCGCAUUAAGUAUUUUGGAAAGAAGACAAGAAGAUGAACAAUUAUAUAUGUCAUCCAACCAAAUACGAUCUAUUACAAUUCUAACUCAGUUACCUUUUGUUAUACCAUUUGAGGAACGAGUACGAAUAUUCAGGCGACUUAUUGGAACAGAGAAACGUCAAAAAGCAUUUGAUUUACCUCUUCAUGCUUCAGCAAAUGCUCUUCGAUUGAGAAUAAGACGAAAUUAUUUAUAUGAGGAUGCUUUUGAGAACUUAAAUGCAAAAAAUUGUCCAAGUUUGAAGCCAAGAGUCGCUGUACAAUUAAUAAACGCAGCAGGUUUGGACGAGGCUGGAAUAGACGGUGGUGGAUUAUUCCGAGAAUUUUUGGCAGAACUUUUAAAAUCUGCUUUUGAUCCGAAUCGGGGAUUAUUUACUUCAACUCCCGACGGACUUAUAUGCCCUAAUCCCGUCAGUAAAUCGUUGUUCGAUGAUUUUACAGCUCAUUUUUUCUUCGUGGGCAGAGCCCUUGGUAAAGCUCUGUAUGAAGAUAUGCUUGUUGAUUUACCUAUUGCUCACUUUUUUUUGGCAAAAAUUCUUGGCAGGACAACAGAUUUAGAUAUUAACCAUCUUGCCUCCCUUGAUCCAGAGUUAUACAAAAACCUUAUGGCUUUCAAACAAUAUGACGGAGAUGUUUCAGAACUCGGACUAGAUAUGACUAUUUCAAAUACAAGUUUACCAGGUCAGAUGGAAGUAGUUGAACUUGAGAAAGGUGGAAAAGAUGAACCUGUGACGAAUGCAAAUCGAAUUAAAUACAUGCAUCUUGUGGCUGAUUAUAGGCUCAAUAGACAAAUAAAAGAGCAGUGUACAGCUUUUCGCCAGGGUUUGGAUGAUAUAAUACCAUUAGCCUGGUUGAGAAUGUUUGAUGAACACGAACUAAAUGUUCUUAUAUCUGGAGCUCAGGUUCCCGUUGACGUUCACGACUUAAAAUCUAAUACUGUCUAUGGAGGAGGUUACAAAGAUACAGAUGACGUGAUAAAAAAUUUCUGGCAUAUUGUUAGCUGUGAUUUAACCGACAAACAGCGUCGACUGUUGUUGAAAUUUGUUACGAGCGUUUCCCGACCACCAUUACUUGGCUUCAAAGAACUUCAUCCUAAAUUCUGUAUUCAUAAAAGUCCAAUUGAUAGAUUACCAACAGCAUCAACUUGCAUGAAUUUAUUAAAAUUACCAGAAUGCCAAAAUAAAGAAGAUUUGUUAAAGAAACUUUUAAUAGCUAUAGAAAGCAAUUCAGGAUUUGAACUAAGCUAA